GAAUUGGUAGUUUUGGAUAUGGCUGGUGAGAUGAAGAAGCAACAGCCUUUCUGGCUUGGCCGCAUGCAAGUCAUGCACCAACCAAAGAACAUUCUUAGAACACUAGUGUCAUUCGCCAGCCGUGAUGGCAUUCCUUCUCUCUGGACUGGUCUCACUGGAUCCUGGCUCAGACAAUGUUCCUACUCGACCGCUCGUUUUGGACUCUACAACUACUUUGCCAAGGAAGUCAAGCAAAGGACAGGAACCACGAAAUUGACCGCUGGCUGGGAAGUCGUGUGUUCUGGUGUUGCUGGUGGAGCAGCAGGUCUUGUUGGUAACCCUACAGAGGUCGUGCUCGUCAGAAUGUGUGCAGAUGGUGCCAAAACUGCUGCCGAAAGAUACAACUACGGCAACUCCAUCCGUGCGCUAUAUAGAAUUGCAAAGGAGGAGGGCAUGUCAACUUUCAGCAGAGGUUUGACACCUAACAUUGUUCGCAGUGUUAUCAUGACNUACUCGACCGCAAAGGACUAUCUUCUCUCGAACCCCAGCCUUGGUUUGAAGGACGGCAUCUUCCUCCACUUCCUUGCCUCAUUACUUGCUGGAACCGUCGCCACUACUGCAUGCGCACCUGCCGAUGUACUCAAGAGUCGUGUUCAAAGUGCCCCCACCAUCAACGGUGUAAAGCCCAGUCUCAGCAAAAUCUUCGCCGACUCGUACAAGAAGGAGGGUAUCAGCUUCCUCAUGAGAGGAUGGUCGCCCGCAUGGCUCAGACUUGCCUCUGGCCAACCCAAGCCUGUUCAGGAAAAGAAGGCCUCUGAGGCCAUGAAGGCAUAG